GCCGGAAGCGGAAGUUGCUCAGCGCUGGGGGAGUUACUGGGGAAGUGUCAGGUUACCUUCCCGCUUCUGGAGUUGAAGUUGUGGCCGGCGAAGCGGUCCGGCGGGGUUCCCAGUGCUCUCUGGCUCCGGCCCGAGAGGCGUGGUUCCGCGCCUUUGCGCGGCUCGGGGGUCUGGGUCCGUGCCCCGCAGCCAGGCGCCGUUCCCCGCCCCGUGUCCCCUUAUCCCGGCCAUGGGCAACACGAGCAGCGAGCGCGCCGCGCUGGAGCGCCAGGGCGGCCACAAGACGCCCCGCAGGGACAGCUCGGGGGGCACCAAAGACGGGGACAGGCCCAAGAUCCUGAUGGACAGCCCCGAAGACGCCGACCUCUUCCACUCGGAGGAGAUCAAGGCUCCAGAGAAGGAGGAAUUCCUGGCCUGGCAGCAUGACCUUGAAGUCAACGAUAAAGCUCCUGCCCAGGCUCGACCAACUGUAUUUCGAUGGACAGGGGGUGGAAAGGAAGUUUACUUAUCUGGGUCCUUCAACAACUGGAGUAAACUUCCCCUCACAAGAAGCCACAAUAACUUUGUAGCCAUUCUGGAUCUACCUGAAGGAGAGCAUCAGUACAAGUUCUUUGUAGACGGUCAGUGGACACACGAUCCUUCUGAGCCAAUAGUAACCAGCCAGCUUGGCACAGUUAACAACAUCAUUCAAGUGAAGAAAACUGACUUUGAAGUAUUUGAUGCUUUAAUGGUGGAUUCCCAAAAGUGCUCCGAUGUGUCUGAACUGUCCAGUUCCCCACCAGGACCCUACCAUCAGGAGCCUUACAUCUCCAAACCAGAAGAGCGGUUUAAAGCACCACCCAUCCUCCCUCCACACCUGCUCCAGGUCAUCCUGAACAAGGACACAGGGAUCUCUUGUGAUCCAGCACUGCUCCCAGAGCCCAAUCAUGUCAUGCUGAACCAUCUUUAUGCACUUUCUAUCAAGGAUGGAGUAAUGGUGCUCAGUGCAACCCACCGGUACAAGAAAAAGUAUGUCACCACCUUGCUGUACAAGCCCAUAUGAAGAGCUAGGAGCCAGCAGUGGGCUGCAGGGACAGCUGGCACUGCUGGGCUCCCCACGUGCAUGCUUUCCUGCAGAGGAAUGGACUAUAAAUUGUUCAUUUCACACUUUCUAAGACAUUUCAUCCUUACCCAAGUCCUACUCGAAGGUUUGUCCAGGCACAGCAACUCUGGAAGAGCUUGAGUCCCUAAGUCCAAGAAAGAUGUAAGGGAAAACUGGGACUCUGCAGCUCUGGAACAAGCAUGCAUGAGGACAUGUGUACUUACAGACUCAUCCCCUUAGCUGGUCAGGGACAAUCUUAAGCCAAACCGGAAUGCUAACACUUGCUAGUAAAACUGGGAAGCAGGGACUGAAGCCACACAAAAUUUCUCAUUUGCAUCUAAGGUCACUGGCUUGUCUCUGCUGAAGCCUCACUGUGGAACUACGCAAUACCAGUCCUUCCAAAGCAAUAGAUGCCUCCCCUUCUCUGCUUCAGAGAGGUGCAAUUUCUAUGGAAAUUAAAAGCUGUCUGAUUUCCAGAUGAAGUUUUGCAAUUGUUGCCUACACUGUGUGCACUAAGUACUUUCUUAAAACCAGAGACACUGGCUGUCCAACCCUAAGGCACUUAAGUCACCAGGACUAGAAUAGAGAUCAUGUGACUAUGCUCAGCAAUAAUUGUUCUCAGAACAGACUUCAACUCUCUGAGACCCACUGCCGUAUUCUCCAUUAAGCUGGACGAUCCUGAGGACUGACCACCGUUUGUUAGAAGGUUGUCCGCUCCUCAUUUUAAUUGUAAUGGGGUAACAGUUACCAUGACAGCUUUAUAACAGCUCCCUUCCUCCUUUUGGUUCCAAUGUGUGCUACUCAGCUAGGGAUCUGUGCCCUAGUAAGCAAAGAAUGUCACAGCAGCUGCUGUUGCUUGCUCUGAAAGGAACUUAGAACCUGGCCGCAGCCUGCUGGAUUCCCAUGGGAAGGUGUCCUUUGGAUCAGUGUAGAUGAAAACCUCUUUACACUCAGCUUGGUUUCCUUGAGGAUACCACAGAUGUGCCUGUUGAUACAGGUUCCUGUCACCUAGUCGGUGGAAGUUACCAUAUACCUUUUGUUCUUGCUAGAGAGGCAGAAGCAAGCUCACUGGUGUCCAGUAUUGAUUUGGUAAGCCUGCGUUCGGGUACCUUUUUUUGUUACUAUUUUCAAAACAACGAAUUGCUGUCACCUUGAUGUAUAAGUUUCAAUAAAGCUUUGUAAAAAUAA